AUAGAGGUGCUCACAUUUUAGAAAAUGUGAUGGAAUUCUUAUAAAUACGUAGGAUAAAGCUCAUCCUUCAUCACAAACUUCUGCAAGUCUGAUUUGUAAACCUGUGGACAUUUAUACAGAGCACAUUUUUUCAAUUCUUCUCGAUAUUUGACAAAGAUGUUUCAUCGAAUUUCAAUCUUUCUUCUUGCGUGUUUCUUAUACCUUGCGAUGGGGAAAAUAAAAAAGGAUGAAGUUGUAGAGCCUGAUAUUUUUGAAAAUGCAAAGGAAUUUGUAAAAAACGCAUCAAGACCUUCAACUGAUGGUGGAAACCAAAAUCAUUCGUCACUGAUAUUACCUUACUCUCAGGAAAUCCUCAGAGGACUCAGUGGGUUACGCUACAUCGAAGCUGCCUACAAGACUUUAAAUUUCUUCCGGACACAGUAUAGACAUUUGGUCCCAAGUAUUUACGUAGAUGGAUUCUUGAAAAAUUUUCCAGUUCCUAUCGACAUUCAUUCUACGUGUGAAUAUAGACACAAACUCAUUUGCAACACUGCAGAUAUUUAUCGAACAGCUGAUGGCUCUUGCAAUAAUCUCCAGAAUCCUUAUAUAGGGAAAAGUAAAACGACUUUCGCACGAAUGAUGCUUUCCAGAUACGAAGAUGGAGUAAAUAAGCCCCGUCUUCACGGUCACAAGUCGCAUCUUCCAAAUACACGGUAUGUGAGUAACUCAUUUUUCAAGAAUGUUCCUAUCACUGAUACCAGUCUGACUCACAUGGUCGCUGCUUUUACACAGUUCCUUAAUUAUGAUAUACAGCUAGUGGACACUAUGAACAAUGUUGACUGUUGCCGUAUACAGACUGACUUCAACCGAUUCCUUUCUACUUUCCGUAAAUUAACUCGAGCAGAUGAGAUCAGGCUUUAUCAAAUGACUCAAGCCGUCACAUCUAUUUGUAUGUCCAUACAAAUACCAAGAGGAGACCCAAUGUUUCCGCCAAACUAUCGCUGUAUGCCUUAUACUCGUUCCACAAAUACUCCAAAUUUAGAUUGCAAACUCAGUUCUCGUCAACAGCGAAACUUAAAUACCCAGUUCCUUGACGGCUCUGUAAUUUAUGGUUCCAAUUCAGCAAUUACGUUAAUGCUGAGAACAGGAGUAGACGGUACUCUAAAAACCACAACCAAUGCCAACGGAGAACUUUUAAUGAGAGAUUUCUUAAACACAGUGAAUUGCCAUUUACCUAACCCAAAUACGAACAACGCAUUUUGCUUUCUAGGAGGUGAUAAGAGAAUAAAUGAACAGCCAUUAGCCACAUCUCUCAACAUGUUAUUCGUUCGUGAACACAACCGACUCGCCAAGGAAUUUAAAAAUGCCCACCCCACCUGGAACGACGAAAAAAUCUUUCAAGAAACACGUAAAAUGGUCAUCGCUGAAAUUCAACACAUCACAUACAAGGAAUACUUGCCUUUGAUUUUGGGAUCAACUGUGAUGGCUUCUAACAAUCUGAACGUGCAAGCCUCCGGUUACACAAACAGUUAUAAUAUCGGAACUAGCGCUUCAGCCAGUAAUAUUUUCGGCAUGAUCAUGACAAUGACCGCUGCUACGAUGUUUCGAGACACAUACACGCUCAACGCCGAAACGAAACCAAUGCGUUUCUAUAAUCCAGAUGUAUUUUAUAAAAAUGUUGAUGCCGUUACAUCUAUUACAAAAGGCUUGCUUACCGACCAUGCUCAACGUUUUGAUCCGUAUAUAGCUACGUCGUUCACCAACAGAUAUGUGGAAGUCUUGCCAGGAUAUCCACGAGACUUAGUCGCCAUUAUGCUCCAACGUGGUCGUGACCACGGGAUCCCACGUUAUACUGAUUGGUUGAAAUUUUGCAGCAGAAAUUACGUCAAUCCACAUUCCUUACCUCACCACAGCAUCGAUAUGAAGUAUAAACUUUUGUCUUCCUAUAAAAAUGUUUUCAACAUUGAUCUCAUAAGUGGAGCACUUUCUGAAAGAGUCCUUUCGGACGGUAAAGUUGGCCCAACAGUUGCCUGUAUUCUUGGAAAAGAAUUUCAAAGACUGAAAUUUGGAGAUCGAUUCUGGUACGAAAAUUCUGGUCCAGGACAGUUGACACAACAGCAAUUGGCUACUGUUCGUAGCACCACUCUGGCACAUAUCAUCUGCAGAAAUACGGCCAUAACCAGUAUUCAACGAAAGGCAUUUGAACCAGUUUCGGCAUCCAAUCCUGCAGUAUCAUGUACUGAAUUGUUAAAUAUCCAAACGACGACAACUACAACACCUACCACAACUACAACACCUACCACAACUACAACACCUACCACAACUACAACACCUACCACAACUACAACACCUACCACAACUACAACACCUACUACAACAGUUUGUGAUGGUUGGAGUGCAUUUUCAUUAUGGACCGUAUGUUUGAAUAACAUUCGAUGUCGCUUCCGACUUUGCACGGCUGGCUUCAACAGACGGGCGUGUGAAUGUCUAGGUGCUCCAAUUGAGGUGGAGGUAUGUGCCGGUGGUAUAUCUUCAAUGAUCGACUUGGAAAGUAUCACUAAUGAAUUGUAUGAGAGAACCAAACACUUAAUAUAUAAUGGAAGUCUUACUUAUAAAAUGUUCAACAUAUAUCUCCUAGAUGUUAUUAUUAGCAAAAUGUGAAAAGUUUUGUUUUUUUUAUAUUAAGAAAAAAAAAAAAAUAACAUCAACAUGAACAAAGAUAAUGACUGCAAUAAACGCGG